UUUGCUUUGGACUUCGCUGUGAACAGUUCGGUUUGGGAACUCUUCGUAGAUUAAUUUUUUAAAUUCUCAAUUUUUUUGUGUUAUUUUUUUUCUUGAGACUUAAUUGGACUAUAAUUGAUUUCGACUAUUAUUCGAGUCGUUUCGGUGAAAAAUAUUAUUUUUUGGUGCGUGAGGCACUACAAGCAUUAAUCGGUGUGUUCAUAUUAAUUAAAAAUAUAGAAUACAGUAAGAAUUUACAUUAGAUAAGGAAUUUAUUCAAAUCAUCACUCAUGGAUGAAUUUUGUGGAUCUGAAUUUUGGAAUCGUACAAUAACUUGGGAUACAGAAACUCCAGAUUUUACAAGAUGCUUCGAACAAACAGCGCUAGUUUGGACGCCUUGUGCAUUUCUUUGGGUGUUUGCAGGAUUAGAAAUUUUUUAUAUGAGAAAUAGCAAAGACCGGAACAUCCCAACUAAUUUCCUGAAUCUUUCAAAACUCAUUCUCACUGCCGCAAUUACAAUUCUCACAAUUGUCGACCUCGUAUAUGCCAUCGCUUAUAGUGGAGUUGCUUAUCCUGUACAUUUUUAUACGCCAGUCAUAAAGAUCGCCUCAUUCAUUUUGGCUGGUGUUCUUGUGCAUUUCAAUAGACUUUAUGGAAUGAGAACGUCUGGAUUGCUGUUUCUGUUUUGGCUCUUUAUGGUCCUGUUCAAUAUCCCAAGACUGCGAACAGAAAUCAGGAUUUCCAAUGAAUCAGGCGAACUCGAUGAGGAAGAUAAAAUGUUUGAAGAUGAACAUUUUAAUUUCGUCAGUUUUAUCGUGUUCUUUGCUACAAGCGUUUUAGUUCUCAUCCUUAAUUGCUUCUCUGAUGCUCGACCACAACAAAUGAAGUAUGAAAUGGGUGAAAAGCCAUGUCCAGAAUUAAGUGCUGGAUUUCCAUCAAAGCUCUUGUUCCAUUGGUUUGAUUCCUUUAUUUGGAGAGGCUUUAGACGUCCACUUGAAAAUGAUGACUUAUGGCAAAUGAAUCCAGAAGAUACUUCAGCAGAAGUAGCCCCAUGUUUCUUAAAAUACUGGAAUCAGUCUGUUGCCAAAAACUCUCAAAUUGCUCCUGCCCCAACAUCUCAAGCUGCUUCAUUCAAGAAAUCAUCCGAAGGUAUCAAUUUCUCAAAUGUUAAAGCUAAAAAGCCAUCAUCAAUCUUGCCAGCUCUUAUCAAAGCAUUCGGUGCUACUUUCAUGUUUGGAAGUUGUUUGAAAUUGUUUAAUGACUUACUGACUUUCGCUUCACCACAAAUCUUGAGACUUUUAAUUGACUAUGUUAGUAAUGACGAAGAGACAUGGAAGGGAUACUUGUAUGCUGGAUUACUUUUUGGCGUCGCAUCAACACAAACACUUUUCUUGGCUCAAUAUUUUCACAGAAUGUUUUUGGUCGGUCUUCGUAUUCGUACAGCCUUAAUUUCUGCUAUCUUCAGAAAAGCAUUGAUUCUCUCAAACUCAGCUCGUAAAGAAUCAACUGUUGGUGAAAUUGUAAACUUAAUGGCUGUUGAUGCUCAACGUUUUAUGGAUUUAGUCACAUACCUCAAUAUGAUUUGGUCAGCUCCACUUCAAAUCUCACUUGCCAUUUAUUUCCUUUGGCAAAUUCUUGGACCAAGUGUUCUUUCCGGUUUAGCUGUUAUGAUUGUUUUAAUUCCAGUCAAUGGUGUUAUUGCCAAUAAAGCCAAGAACUUGCAAAUCAAGCAAAUGAAGAAUAAGGAUGAGCGUGUCAAAUUAAUGAACGAAAUUUUAAAUGGAAUCAAAGUUUUAAAGUUGUAUGCCUGGGAACCAAGUUUUGAGGAUCAAGUAUUGAAAAUUCGUAACAAGGAAGUUCAUGUAUUAAAGCAAGCUGCAUAUCUUAACGCUGGAACAAGUUUCAUCUGGUCUUGUGCUCCAUUUAUGGUGGCAUUGUGUUCUUUUGCCACUUACGUAUUGGUUGAUGAUAAUAAUGUUUUGGACGCUAAAACGGCUUUUACUUCACUGGCUCUAUUUAAUAUCCUCCGUUUUCCCUUAAGUAUGUUACCUAUGCUCAUCUCAAAUAUGGUUCAAACGAGCGUAUCUGUGAAGCGUAUAAAUAAGUUUAUGAAUGGUGAAGAACUUGAUCCAAACAACGUUCAACAUGAAGAAUCAGAAAAGAAUCCAUUGGUAAUUGAGAACGGAACAUUCUCAUGGGGUGAAGAGAACAGCGUUUUGAAAAACAUUAAUCUCCAAAUUGAAAGCAAGAAAUGUGUGGCUAUAGUUGGACAAGUCGGUUCCGGCAAGUCCUCUUUAAUUAGUGCCUUCUUAGGUGAGAUGGACAAGAUUUCUGGACGAGUUAAUACACACGGUAAAAUUGCAUAUGUUCCACAACAAUCGUGGAUUCAAAAUGCUACAUUACAAGACAACAUUUUGUUUGGCAAACCAAUGGACAGAAAACGUUAUGAACAAAUUAUUCAUGCUUGUGCUUUAAACCCCGAUCUUGAGAUUUUGCCUGGUGGAGAUCAAACUGAAAUUGGUGAAAAGGGUAUCAAUCUGUCAGGUGGACAAAAACAGAGAGUUUCACUUGCUCGUGCUGUCUAUAAUGAUUCCGAUGUUUACUUCUUUGAUGAUCCACUCUCAGCUGUUGAUUCUCAUGUAGGAAAACACAUAUUUGAAGAAGUUAUUGGUCCAAAAGGAAUAUUAUCUAAGAAAACGCGCGUUCUUGUCACACACGGAAUCACUUACUUGCCAGAAUGUGAUGGUAUUUUUGUUCUUAAAGACGGUGAAGUGUCUGAACAUGGAACAUAUAAGGAAUUGCUUGAAAAGAAGGGAGCAUUUGCUGAGUUCUUAAUUCAACAUUUACAGGAAGUCAAUGAAGAAGUUGAAGAUAUUAAUGAAAUCAAGGCACAACUUGAAGAAACAAUAACAAAUGAAGAACUUAAAGCUAAAUUUGAAAGAGCAAUCAGCACUCAGAGAUCAAGAUCAGACAGUACAUCAAGUGGAAGCAGUGGAAAAAUCUCACGUCAAGCAUCAACAAAUAGUGAAUCAGAAUUGAGACAACGUCGUACAUCUGAAUCGCCUGCUAAGGGAGCUGAAGAUGUAAAACAAAACGGAACAGCGCAAAAUAAAUUAAUUGAAACUGAAAAGUCAGAGACAGGAAGCGUUAAAUGGGAAGUUUAUAAGCAUUACUUGAAGAGUAUUGGAUGGACACUUGCCGGUGCAACAGUUUUCCUUAAUAUGAUAUUCCAAGGUUUUGCAAUUGGAUCCAACAUAUGGUUGUCAAAAUGGUCAAGUGACAAUACAACAACAGAGGAUAUUGGAAAGAGAAACAUGUAUUUAGGUGUAUAUGCUUCAUUUGGUCUCGGACAAGUUAUAUCGCAAUUUAUUAUGGCCAUUAUAUUCUCACUGGGAACAAUUGCUGCUGCAAACGCAAUGCAUACCGCGCUCAUUCAUAAUGUUAUGCGUUUGCCAUUGGUCUUCUUCGACACGACUCCGUUGGGCAGAAUUUUGAACAGGUUCAGUAAGGACGUCGAUACAUGUGAUAAUGUUCUACCACAUGUCACUCGAAUGCUGAUUGCUAUGAACUUUACUGUAAUGGCAACUAUAGCUGUCAUCUCGAUCUCAACGCCAAUUUUCCUUGUCGUAAUUGUGCCAAUUGCAAUUCUAUACUAUUUUGUACAACGAUUCUACGUUGCUACAUCACGUCAAUUGAAAAGACUUGAAUCAGUGUCACGCUCACCAAUUUACUCACAUUUCGGAGAAAGCAUUACAGGAACAUCAACGAUAAGAGCAUACGGCGUGCAGCCAAGAUUCAUCGAGGAAUCAGAGAGUAAAGUUGAUUUCAAUCAAGUGUGUUAUUUCCCAUCAAUUAUUGCAAAUCGUUGGCUUGCUAUUCGCUUAGAGAUGGUUGGAAAUUUAAUUAUUCUAUUUGCUGCCAUGUUCGCCGUCAUGGGGAAAGAUUCUCUGUCACCUGGUCUUGUCGGAUUGUCAGUGUCGUAUGCUUUAUCAGUGACACAAACAUUAAAUUGGCUCGUGCGUAUGUCAAGUGACGUUGAAACGAAUAUUGUUGCUGUUGAACGUAUUAAGGAAUAUGGUGAGACGAAACAAGAGGCUGCAUGGGAAAAUAAUGCUGUUUUACCUGCCAAUUGGCCAGAAGAAGGAAAGAUUCAAUUCCAAGAUUUCCAAGUUCGUUAUCGUGAAGGCCUUGAUUUAGUUUUACGUGGAAUAAAUUUCGAUGUGAAAGGAGGAGAAAAAGUUGGAAUUGUUGGACGUACUGGUGCCGGCAAAUCAAGUUUGACAUUAUCGCUAUUCAGAAUUAUUGAAUCAGCUGGAGGCAAAAUUAUUAUUGAUGGACAUGAAAUAUCUAAAUUAGGACUUCAUUCAUUGAGAUCACGUCUCACAAUCAUUCCACAAGAUCCUGUUCUCUUCUCUGGUACACUUCGUAUGAAUUUAGAUCCAUUUGAUAGAUAUAAUGAUGAUGAAGUUUGGCGUUCACUCGAACAUGCACAUUUAAAACAUUUCGUUAAGGGACUUGCUGCAGGCAUCAAUCAUGAAAUCACUGAAGGUGGUGAGAAUCUUUCCGUUGGUCAACGUCAAUUAGUUUGUCUUGCUCGUGCAUUGUUACGUAAAACAAAAGUCCUUGUACUCGAUGAAGCCACAGCUGCUGUUGAUCUUGAAACAGAUGAUCUAAUUCAAAAAACAAUCAGAACAGAGUUUAUAGGAUGUACCGUGCUUGUGAUUGCUCAUCGUCUUAAUACAAUCCUCGACUCGGAUAAGGUUAUAGUACUUGAUAAAGGACAAAUUGUGGAAUAUGCCCCACCGAACGAGUUACUACAAAACAAAAGUUCCGCAUUCUAUAGUAUGGCAAAGGAUGCAAAUCUUGUGAAUUAAUGAAUUUAGUGGUUCUUAUGUAUGAAUAUGUAAGAUUCGUCAAUAAUUUUCAACUAUAAUUAAAUUAUUAUAGUAAUUACAACAAAUUUCAUGGAUGAAUAUUAACAUAAAAAAAAAACAAAACUUUUGUGCUUAACGCUCGUGAUUUACAACGCGGACGAUACUUAUUUCUAAUGACCUAUUUUUGUAUUUUUUUAUACUAUUUUUUUGUUAUAAAUGUUAAGAAAAUUACAGAUGUAAGUUAGCAAAAAAGGGUUGGAAUUCAUUUUAUGCUGAACUUUUAGAAAUUUUGUAGUCUAUAAUUUCAUGUUUUGAGAUUAUAUUUUUAAUCUUCGUAGAAUAUCGCGAAUUAUUUGUUUUAACUAUAAGUUAAUGAACUUUCCAGCAUGAAAUGCCAACCCUGCAUAAGGAUAAAGAAUCUUUUUCUCUUUAAAUGUUACAAAAAAAUAUCGGUGCAAAAUGUUAUUUAAAGCAGUACCCUCAUCCAAACCUUUUUAUUUUUCUCUUAUUUCAUUUAAUCACCCACAGCACAGAUUUACAUACUAAUUAGAAUAAAAAUUAACCAUCUGUGUCUUACAAUAUGUUACACUGGUAUUGAGAAUGGCAAUACUAUAAAUGAGCUGGUUUUUAUUUUUCUGUGCUUUCAUUUUAUUUUUUUUUUCUAGCUUUUUGCUUCGUUUAUAAAGUUCUUAUUCUCCUGAUAGUUUCAUAAUAGUUCGAUUAUCAUCUUGUUUUUAUUUCUUUUAUGUUGUUAAAUUAUUAUGUCUUAUUGUAUCCUUUAGAGAGCAGCAGUUUGUUUUUAUAGAUACAAACAUAGUCGGCGUCAAAUAAGUUUUUAAAGAUUUUUAUUUAAUUUAGACAUUUAAACUUGAAAGUUAUUGAUUUAAAUUGACUUUCUCAAUACCUUCAUCAACUCCUGCGUUUAAAAAUAGAAUAUUAUUACAAAAGAAACAAGCUUUAAUGCAAAAAAAAAACAUUAAAGGAUCUCAUCUGGUCGCAUUCAUUUCUUUCUACUUGUUUACAUUCUCCCUUUUAUGAGCUUUUAUCUUUUAUUUCUUUAAAACGAGAUUUUUAAGCACUUGAAUAUUUCUUUCUUUGCGUCAAGGGUAAAAAAUUGUUUUGCAUAAAAAUUGCUUGAAUCGUUUUUUAAGAGCUUUUGGUUGAAGGGUUUAUUUUGAAAUAUCAGGUCGAAAACAAGAUUAAUCCAAUCCUUUAAAAGAAAACUUGAAAAUUAUUUUUGUUUCGAGGGAUACUUAAUGGGUUGUUUAUAAAUGACGCCCAUUAAAAAACAGGAUUUUUAAUCUAGUUUGAGAAUUUUUUUAUUUUAUUUGAACAAUCACAGAACUGCCCUUAAAGGAUUUACGUCAUUUAUGAACAAUCCCCAAUAUAAACUCUGAAACCUUCCUGCAAAUUUUUAUGAAGUAAUCAAGAGAAUUUCAUUCCUUGGUUUUAAAAAAUUCAUAAGUUUCUUCUUGUUAUGCAAAUGUUUUCCUACAAAUUACCAAAAUAAUAUACAUAAACAUGCUAAGAAUGAAAAGAAAAGAAAAGAAAAAUUGUGCCUCAAAUUAUCAAAAGAAGAAUAAAUUAUGUAAAUUUAAAGCGGUUAUGUGA